UUUUCUUUGAUCUCCUUCCUGACUUCUCUGAACUCCCGUGUCGACUCCCAACUCCCCUGCUCCCAGGUCUCACGCCGCCGGUCGCCGCCCUCCGCCGCGUUGCUCCUCUCUGACCGCCUCCGCCGCCCGAGAGAUCCCCAGGCCACUGCUUCUCAGCCUCCCACCUCUCCCUCGCUCGAGGAGUGGACCCAAAUUGGUGGCCCUGUUCCGUGUUCCUCGUUCGCGCCCUUCUCUGCUCCGGGCGAGUGGCGAUCCCGCCCGGGGAUGCGGCAGGCAGAGGCGUGAUGUGCGGAUCGGAGCAUGGACGUGAUCGCGUCGCCCAGUAGAAGCUGCAGCGGUCGGUUAGGCAUCCAAGGUCUCUGCGCGUUCUGCGGCCAUGACGAUGUACAUAGCUCGGGAGGCGUCCAAGGUAUGGAGGAAGGUGACUGCGGAGAUAACGGCCGAGCUGCCGCUACUUCGCGAGAAGUGGCUCCUCCUUUUCGCCGGAUUGGUGUUUCAGUAUAUCCAUGGACUGGCUGCUCGAGGAGUGCAUUACUUGCAUCGGCCUGGACCACUGCUCCAGGACCUGGGAUUCAUGGCCCUUCCAGAGCUUGGGCAAGACAAAAGUUAUCUUAGUGAAUGCACAUUUGUGUUCAUCUUCUUCUCUUUUUUUCUGUGGACCUUUCAUCCUUUUAUUUAUCAUAGCAAACGCUUCUACACCAUCCUAAUCUGGCGCAGGGUGCUCGCUUUCUUAGUUGCAUCACAGGUUUUAAGGAUCAUUACAUUCUAUUCAACCCAGCUUCCGGGUCCAAACUAUCACUGUCGUGAGGGCUCACCCAUCGCCACUCUUCCGCCACCCAAUAAUGUGCUUGAAGUGCUCCUGCUUAAUUUUCCUCGUGGAGUAAAUCUUGGCUGUGGUGAUCUGAUAUUUUCAUCCCACAUGAUUUUCACCCUUGUUUUCGUUCGAACGUAUCAAAAAUAUGGCACGAAAAGGUUUAUUAAGCUUCUUUCGUGGUUGAUGGCUAUAGUUCAAAGUCUUCUUAUCAUUGCCGCUCGCAAGCACUACAGUGUGGACGUUGUUGUUGCUUGGUAUACCGUUAAUUUAGUUGUGUACUUCGUGGACAGCAAGCUCCCAGAAAUGCCGGAUCGUACAAACGGAUCACCUCUGCUUCCAUUGAGUACCAAAGAAAAGGAUGGGUGGUUGAAGGACGAGAAGGAGAGCAGGCUGAAGGAUGAGUUCCACAAGCUGUUGAACGGGAACCAUGGGGAUCCUACUGACCGGCGGCAGCGGGUGCAGAUGAACGGGAGGCACGACGAUGACCUGAGCCACGGCGCGCUCUCCGACGCCACCGCCAACGGCACAUGAGCCUUCUCCUCCGGGAGUUUCGUCCUCGCGCCCAAGGAGAAUCCUGCGGGCGACAACGAGCGAAACUGCCCGACCCGUUCUGUACUCUGAAGCUGAAGCCACCCCAACCCAAGGGCGGUCCUCCAGCCACCAUCGCCUCAUCAUUCAUAACGCGAUGGCCUUCCAUUCUUCAGACAGGCAACAAAACAUUGAACAUGAUGAUUUGGGUGUAAUGUAUAUAUAUCGAUCGGCUUAUUAAUCUUAUUGAUGCAUUCAUAUCA